CAUGCUCAAAGACACACAUAUACACACACCCUCACAUGCACAGUGAUGAAGACACGUAGCAACUGCUGCUUGAAUAACAGAACACUGAGGAAUUGUGUACUAUGGAUGUUUUUAGGAGAUGGAGGGCGGGUUGGCGUUAUCCCACUAUGCUGCUGUGUUUUUAUGGAUUUUUCAGCUCGGUGAAACCGAUAGAACCAUUUCUCACCAGCUACAUGACCGGCCCUGCUAAAAACCUCACCAUCGAGCAGGUGACCAAUGAAAUUUUCCCAUUGUGGACGUACUUUUACCUGGCCAUGCUACUUCCCGUGUUCCUCCUCACAGACUGGCUGCGCUACAAACCCCUCAUUGUGGUCCAGUGCUGCUCCCUUUUCAUAACCACAGCACUGUUGCUAUGGUUACACAGCAUGGGUGCGAUGCAAGCAGUUCAGUUCACCUACAGCGUGGUGACGGCGUGUGAAGUGGCGUAUUUCUCCUACAUUUACAGCGUGGUGGAUUCGCAGUUUUACCUAAAAGCCACGUCCUUCUGUCGCACCGCUCAGCUCCUCGGCUACACCGUCGGUUCUGUCACUGGACAAAUCCUGCUAUCUCUCGAAUUAAUGUCUCACUACUACAUACUGGUGUUCACGUUGGUGCUCAUUUCCAUUUCCUUCAUUGCCACACUCCUCCUUCCAAUGCCCAGAACCAGCAUGUUCUUCCACCAGAGUAAAAGAGUUGACAAAGGAGGAGAUUUGAAUCAGAUAGAAGACUGCAGUGAGAAAGGAAAUACAGAAGAAACAGGAAAAGUGGAAACAGACCUUAACAAUCACAGGGUAGAGUUUAUGGAGGAUAAGCAGCAGGACUCACAGACGCUUGGAGCAGACGUAGAGAAGAGAGGUUGUAGUGAAACUAUGCUGCAGCUCUGGUUGGAUUUCCGAUGUUGUUUCUCCUCCACUGAAAUGCUGAUCUGGUCCAUGUGGUGGGCAGUGGCGACCUGUGGCUACAAUCAGACCGUAAACUAUGUUCAAUCGCUGUGGGAAACCAUAGAGCCAAGCAAGAACAACACACUAUUCAACGGAGGAGUAGAGGCUGUUUCCAAUCUGUUUGGUGCAGCUUCAGCAUACACUGUUGGGUUUUGCCGUGUUAACUGGUCUCGCUGGGGUGAACUGACUCUCGGCUCUCUCUCUGCCCUCAGCAGCGCAGCGCUCUAUGUCAUGGCCUUCAUUUCCAACAUCUGGGUCUGUUAUGGCGGCUACAUUGUCUUCAAGAGUCUCUAUAUGCUGCUCAUUACCAUUGCCAUGUUCCAGAUUGCUGUUGGUUUGUCUGUAGAGCGCUAUGCACUUGUUUUUGGAGUCAACACCUUCGUUGCACUCGUUCUGCAGACGAUCCUCACAUCCAUCGUCGUAGACAGCAGGGGACUCGGCUUGGAUGCCAUAACACAGAGGACAGAAUCAACCCAGGAAGUUAUGCAGUUAUGCAGUAGGUUUCUGAGCUGUACACGUUUUGGGUGGAUCAGGAAGCAGCAGCCUAGGUAGCAUCAGCCUGUGGAACCAUGGAUAGAAGGCAGGUCAGUGUUGCAGAUCCCUAAUUGACAAAGAGGUGAUGGGGUGCAUAACCUUGUCCUAGAAGUAACCUCAAAAUGUGCCCAAUGUCUAGUGGAUUUGGAUUUGCAUCUGUAUUUCAAAAGAACCAUCACAGGAACUGACCUCAUUUUGAAGCCACAAACAAAACUCUCCCUCUCCUUCAGACAACCCUGAGUUAUCCUGGAUGGCAUCUUGGUCUUCUAACCAGCCUACCUGACCACCAGCACAGAAACUGUCUUACCUGACCGAAAGAGAAGAAAACUACACCAUCCCAAGCAUACUACGCCCUGGAGGACAUCAACCUUUGUAGAUGGUUCCAGCUACAGACCAAAGGGUGGAGGGAGAGAGAGAGAGAGAGAGAGAGAGAGAGAGAGAGAGAGAGAGAGAGAGAGACUGACUAGAUGGGUAGUAGUGGAUGCCAAACGAGAAGUGGACAGAUGUGGGGCCAGCAAAUAGCAGUAUAAGCCAUGAUAUAUGGCUUACAUAUAAGAUAUAUAAGUCAUGACUACUCACCUAACUGGACAACCAGCACGUCUUCCAUUGACUGUGCCAGCAGACCUCAGCAUCCGAGAAGGAGAGCCACUCCCAUAUGUGGGAACCAUGAAGACUUAUCUGAAGACCGAAAUUGGCUCACUAAAAGCAUGGGUUCUUCUCAUAGUUCUUAACAGAUACCUGUUAUAUAUAUACCUACCAAUUACUACAUACCAGAAGAACUUGAGUAGUCUUAGAACACUGUAGUAUAGUGUAGUAUAGUGUAGUGUAGUAUAGUAUAGUGUAGUAUAGUGUAGUACAGUAUAGUGUAGUAAAGUGUAGUGUAGUGUAGUGUAGUGUAGUGUAGUGUUCUAUAGCCUAUAGGCAGCUGUCCAGAUAGCAGCUAACUAAUAUAAUCUUUAUGCAACCAUACAUGCCGGAUAGACCAGGAAGCCUCCUCAGAUUUGUAUUUAGGUUGAAAUGAAUAAACUGUGAUAACUGUAAUAAUCAUUCUCU